GCUCAACAAGUUGCUGCACACAGGCACGCCUACACCUGCUCGAUCAAAGGGUAUAUAGCUCGUUGCAGAGGUACCAGUUUGUGCUGCUGCGAUAUAUGGCGAUCAGGAACAUGACGGUGGCCACGACGACGCGGUCGCUGGACGCGGACAUGACGGUCGGCGAGUUCAAGGAGUGGCUGCGGCGGUUCGAUGUGGACCAUGACGGGCGCAUCAGCCGCGACGAGCUGCGGCGCGCGAUGCGCGCCAUCCGGGCGCGGUUCACGGGGUGGAGGAGCAAGCGCGGCAUCAGCUACGCCGACGCGGACGGGGACGGCUUUAUCGACGACAGCGAGGUCGACGGCCUCAUCGAAUACGCGCAGAGGAGCCUCGGCCUCAAGAUCGUCGCCUACUAAGCUGGCCGGGGGCGCUCCCGGCGGAAGGAAUGCCCGCGCGAGACGACUCUUUCCCCGCUAAAAUAAGCUCUUGAAUCUAGCUUGAUCGAAAAACUUGCUUUCUUGUACUUAAUUCAUUCAUGCACCCUGUACCAUUGUGUGUGUGUGUGUAUGUGAUCUAUGUAUGCUGUUUAUGGUACACAUGCACGGCAGCCUCGGCUCGCCUAGCUCGUGCCAUUAGUGACGUAGAUGUUAAAUUUCUCUUAGUGAAACGUGACAGUGUAUCCUCGAUCAUCUAGUGUCUUUUACUUU